CGACAACCGCAGUUUCUCCCGCAGCUUCCCCACCUCUGCAGUCCAGCAACGCCUUGCGGGAGUCGCGCUAGUGCCGUAGCCACAAGUUGACCUGUCCUGGGUGCAACAUAACUAAAGAAGCUGCUGCAGGAUGAAAAGAUGGCAGCGCAGCUGCUCGCACCACCAGGCCCUGAUAGUUUUAAACCUUUCACCCCAGAGUCUCUGGCUAACAUUGAGAAGCGCAUUGCAGAGGAAAAGAAGAAACGUCCAAAGCAAGACAGCAGCCAUCGGGAUGAUGACGAUGACAGCAAACCAAAACCGAACAGUGACCUGGAGGCAGGAAAAAAUCUGCCUUUCAUCUAUGGGGACAUCCCGAAAGGUCUGGUUGCUGUACCACUGGAGGACUUUGACCCGUAUUAUUUGACCCAGAAAACCUUUGUAGUACUAAACAGAGGGAAAACACUCUUCCGAUUUAGUGCCACACCUGCCUUGUACAUUUUAACUCCUUUUAAUCUGCUUAGGAGAAUAGCUAUUAAAAUUUUGAUACAUUCAUUAUUUAGCAUGAUCAUUAUGGCCACUAUUUUGACCAACUGUGUAUUCAUGACUUUUAGUAACCCACCUGAAUGGUCGAAGAAUGUGGAGUACUCAUUCACUGGUAUUUAUACAUUUGAAUCACUUGUGAAAAUAAUUGCAAGAGGUUUCUGCAUAGAUGGUUUUACUUUCCUUCGCGAUCCAUGGAACUGGCUAGAUUUCAGUGUCAUCAUGAUGGCAUAUGUCACAGAGUUUGUGGACCUUGGGAAUGUCUCAGCAUUGAGAACUUUCAGAGUUCUUCGAGCUUUGAAAACUAUCUCUGUUAUUCCAGGCUUGAAGACCAUUGUGGGUGCCCUAAUUCAGUCUGUGAAGAAACUGUCAGAUGUAAUGAUUUUGACAGUGUUUUGCCUCAGUGUCUUUGCUUUAAUCGGCCUGCAGCUGUUUAUGGGCAAUUUGAGGAACAAGUGUGUAAUAUGGCCAAUUAACCUCAAUGAGAGCUUCCUAGAGAAUGGCACCAGGGGGUUUGACUGGCAAGAAUACACCAACAAUGUCUCAAACUUUUACACAAUCCCUGGGGCCCUUGAUCCUUUACUCUGUGGUAACAGCUCAGAUGCAGGCCAAUGUCCAGAGGGUUACACAUGUAUGAAAGCAGGAAGGAAUCCAAACUAUGGCUACACAAGCUUUGACACUUUCAGCUGGGCUUUCCUAGCCUUAUUUCGCCUUAUGACUCAGGAUUUUUGGGAAAACUUGUAUCAGUUAACUUUGCGAGCAGCAGGAAAAACUUACAUGAUAUUCUUUGUCCUGGUUAUCUUUGUGGGGUCAUUCUAUCUGGUCAAUCUGAUCUUGGCUGUGGUAGCCAUGGCUUAUGAAGAGCAGAACCAGGCCACACUGGAGGAAGCGGAGCAAAAGGAGGCAGAAUUCAAGGCCAUGUUGGAACAGCUGAAAAGGCAGCAGGAAGACGCACAGGCUGCUGCCAUGGCCACUUCGGCAGGGACAGUCUCAGAAGAUGCUGUGGAGGAUGAUGGCAGAGGGAGAGGGUCUCGGAGCUCUUCUGAGAUUUCCAAACUCAGUUCUAAGAGUGACAAGGAGCGGCGGAACAGGAGGAAGAAACGGAAGCAGAAGGAGCUGUUGGAAGGAGAGGAGAAGGGUGACAACGAAAAGGUGUUCAAGUCUGAAUCGGAGGAUGGAAUGAGGAGAAAGACUUUUAGGCUGCCAGACAACAGGCUGGGAAGGAAAUUUUCCAUCAUGAACCAGUCCCUUCUCAGCAUCCCAGGCUCCCCUUUCCUCUCCCGGCACAACAGCAAAAGCAGCAUCUUCAGCUUCAGAGGGCGCUUCCGUGAUCCAGGUUCAGAGAACGAAUUUGCUGAUGAUGAGCACAGCACGGUGGAGGAGAGCGAAGGCAGGAGAGAUUCCCUUUUCAUCCCCUUCCGUGGCCGGGAACGGAGAAGCAGCUACAGCGGCUACAGUGGCUACAGCCAGGGCAGCCGGUCCUCACGGAUCUUUCCCAGCAUCCGCCGGAACGUGAAAAGGAAUAGCACAGUGGAUUGUAAUGGCGUGGUGUCCCUUAUUGGAGGCCCAGCAUCCAAUAGGCCCAUGGGACGCCUUCUGCCUGAGGUGAAAAUAAAUAAGGCAGCUACCGAUGACAGUGGCACUACCGAGGUGGAAAUUAAAAAGAAACCUACCGGGUCUCUCUUGGUCUCAAUGGAUCAACUGAAUGCAUCCUAUGGAAGAAAGGAUCGAACCAACAGUAUAAUGACUGUUGUAACUAAUACCCUUGUAGAAGAGUUGGAAGAGUCCCAGAGGAAGUGUCCCCCCUGUUGGUACAAAUUUGCCAACACCUUCCUGAUCUGGGAGUGCCACCCACAUUGGAUCAGGCUGAAGGAGAUAGUGAACAUGAUUGUCAUGGAUCCCUUUGUCGACCUGGCCAUUACCAUCUGUAUUGUGCUGAACACUUUGUUUAUGGCGAUGGAACACCAUCCCAUGACCCCUGAGUUUCAAGAUGUUCUGACUGUGGGAAAUCUGGUUUUUACUGGAAUUUUCACAGCAGAAAUGUUCCUGAAGCUCAUAGCCAUGGACCCCUACUAUUAUUUCCAAGAAGGUUGGAACAUUUUUGACGGAUUUAUUGUCUCCCUCAGUUUAAUGGAACUGGGUCUAGCAGACGUGGAAGGACUUUCAGUGCUGCGAUCUUUCCGAUUGCUGAGAGUCUUCAAGCUGGCGAAGUCCUGGCCCACUCUGAACAUGCUGAUAAAAAUCAUUGGCAACUCAGUGGGUGCCUUGGGAAACCUGACCUUGGUGCUGGCCAUCAUCGUGUUCAUCUUUGCUGUGGUGGGCAUGCAGCUCUUUGGCAAGAGCUACAAGGAAUGUGUCUGCAAGAUCAACGUGGAGUGUGUGCUGCCCCGAUGGCACAUGCACGAUUUCUUCCACUCCUUCCUUAUUGUCUUCCGUGUGCUGUGCGGGGAGUGGAUUGAGACUAUGUGGGAUUGUAUGGAAGUGGCAGGACAGGCCAUGUGCUUGAUUGUCUUCAUGAUGGUCAUGGUCAUCGGGAAUUUGGUGGUGUUGAACCUGUUCUUGGCCUUGCUGCUGAGCUCUUUCAGUGCAGAUAACUUAGCAGCGACUGAUGAUGAUGGGGAGAUGAACAACCUACAAAUAGCAGUCAUUCGCAUCAAGCAGGGAAUCGCCUGGAUCAAGGCGAAAGCACAUGAGUUCAUGCAAGCGCAUUUCAAGCAGAGAGAGGGGGAUGAGGUCAAACCCUUGGAUGAGUUGUAUGAAAAGAAGGUGAACUGCAUCGCUAACCACACAGGGGCUGAUAUCAACAGGGACAUUGAUUAUCAAAAGAAUGGCAAUGGCACCACCAGUGGGAUUGGGAGCAGUGUGGAGAAAUACAUCAUAGACGAAGACCACAUGUCCUUUAUCAAUAAUCCCAAUCUCACCGUUCGGGUACCCAUUGCCGUGGGUGAGUCAGACUUCGAAAACCUCAACACAGAAGACUUCAGCAGUGAUACAGAUCCCAAUGGCAGCAAGGAGAAACUGGAUGAUACCAGCUCUUCUGAGGGCAGCACCAUUGAUAUAAAGCCAGAGGUAGAGGAAGUCCCUGUGGAGGCACCAGAAGAAUAUUUGGACCCAGAUGCAUGCUUCACAGAAGGUUGUGUGCAGCGCUUUAAGUGCUGUCAGGUCAGUAUUGAAGAUGGGCUGGGCAAAUCCUGGUGGACCUUGAGGAAGACCUGCUUUCUGAUUGUGGAGCACAACUGGUUCGAGACUUUCAUCAUCUUCAUGAUCCUAUUGAGCAGUGGAGCCCUGGCCUUUGAGGAUAUUUACAUAGAACAGAGAAAGACCAUCCGGACCAUGCUGGAGUACGCAGACAAGGUCUUCACCUAUAUUUUCAUUCUGGAGAUGUUGCUGAAAUGGUGCGCCUACGGAUUCGUCAAGUUCUUCACCAACGCCUGGUGCUGGCUGGAUUUCCUCAUUGUGGCUGUCUCUUUAGUCAGCCUUGUAGCUAAUGCCCUGGGCUACUCGGAACUAGGUGCCAUAAAGUCCCUUAGGACACUAAGAGCUUUGAGGCCUUUAAGAGCGUUGUCCCGAUUUGAGGGGAUGAGGGUGGUUGUCAACGCCCUGGUUGGCGCUAUCCCUUCCAUUAUGAAUGUGUUGUUGGUCUGCCUUAUCUUCUGGCUGAUUUUCAGCAUUAUGGGGGUUAACCUGUUUGCUGGGAAAUACCAUUACUGCUUUAACGAGACAUCUGAGGAGCGCUUCGACAUAGAGAUAGUUAACAACAGGACCGAUUGUGAAGCAUUGAUGCCACCCAACUCCACUGAGAUCCGAUGGAAGAAUGUGAAAAUUAACUUUGACAAUGUUGGGGCAGGAUACCUGGCUCUUCUCCAAAUUGCGACUUUCAAGGGCUGGAUGGAUAUCAUGUAUGCAGCAGUAGAUUCCAGAAAGCAAGAAGAGCAACCCAAGUACGAGGACAACAUCUACAUGUACAUCUACUUUGUAAUCUUCAUCAUCUUUGGCUCCUUUUUCACCCUGAACUUGUUUAUCGGUGUCAUCAUUGAUAACUUCAAUCAACAAAAGAAAAAGUUUGGAGGUCAGGAUAUCUUCAUGACAGAAGAGCAAAAGAAAUACUACAAUGCCAUGAAAAAACUGGGCUCAAAGAAACCUCAGAAACCUAUUCCCCGGCCUCUGAACAGCAUCCAAGGAGCUGUCUUUGACUUUGUCACUCAGCAAGCAUUCGAUAUAUUCAUCAUGAUGCUCAUCUGCUUCAACAUGGUGACCAUGAUGGUGGAAACAGACACACAGAGUAACCGCAUGUCAGACAUCCUGUGGUGGAUCAACCUGGUGUUUGUCAUCCUCUUCACCUGUGAGUGCGUGCUGAAGAUGUUUGCCUUGCGACACUAUUAUUUCACCAUUGGAUGGAACAUUUUUGACUUCGUGGUUGUGAUUUUGUCUGUUGUGGGAAUGUUCCUGGCUGAUAUCAUUGAGAAGUAUUUUGUGUCGCCCACUCUCUUCCGAGUCAUCCGACUGGCCCGUAUUGGCCGCAUCCUGCGUCUGAUCAAAGGGGCCAAGGGGAUCCGCACCCUGCUUUUUGCCUUAAUGAUGUCCUUGCCUGCCUUGUUCAACAUCGGCCUCUUGCUGUUCCUGGUCAUGUUUAUUUUCUCCAUCUUUGGCAUGUCGAACUUCGCCUACGUAAAGCAUGAGGCCGGUAUAGACGACAUGUUCAACUUUGAGACCUUCGGCAACAGCAUGAUCUGUUUGUUCCAGAUCACCACCUCGGCUGGCUGGGAUGGCUUGUUGUUGCCUAUCCUGAACCGGCCGCCGGACUGCGACCUAGAUAAGGAGCAUCCUGGGAGCAGCUUCAAGGGAGAUUGUGGUAACCCCUCCGUGGGGAUCUUUUUCUUCGUCAGCUACAUCAUCAUCUCCUUUCUGAUUGUGGUGAACAUGUACAUCGCUAUUAUUCUGGAGAACUUCAGUGUGGCCACGGAGGAGAGUGCUGACCCGCUGAGUGAGGACGACUUCGAAACCUUCUAUGAGAUCUGGGAGAAGUUUGACCCUGAUGCCACACAGUUCAUUGAGUACUGCAAGCUGGCAGACUUUGCCGAUGCUUUGGAGCACCCACUCCGUGUCCCUAAGCCUAACACUAUUGAACUCAUUGCCAUGGACUUGCCUAUGGUAAGCGGGGACAGAAUCCACUGCCUGGACAUCCUGUUUGCCUUCACCAAGCGUGUGCUGGGGGACAGUGGGGAGCUGGACAUCCUGAGGCAGCAGAUGGAAGAAAGGUUUGUGGCGUCUAACCCUUCCAAAGUGUCUUAUGAGCCCAUCACGACCACGCUCCGGCGCAAGCAGGAAGACGUCUCGGCAGUGGUUAUCCAACGGGCUUACAGGGUUCGCUUAGCAAAAAGGGGCUUUAUUUGCAGGAAGUCUGCCUCUACUAAGCUGGAAAACGGAGGAACAAAUCGGGAGAAAAAAGAAGGCACCCCAUCCACCGCAUCCCUCCCAUCCUAUGACAGUGUAACUAAACCUGAAAAGGAGAAACAGCUGCGGGUGGAGGAAGGAAGACGAGAACGAGCAAAAAGACAAAAAGAUUUAAAGGAAUCCAAGUGUUGAGACAAACAAAAAUAUGUUGUACAAAUUUUAAAAAAUUUGCAAGCGAAAAGAUUGUUUACAAACUUCACAAAAUAUAUCAAUACGGAACAGCUAAGGAGACACCUGAAGAUCUUAUACCAAACAUAGUCUGCUUAUUGUGUGACAAAGUUGCAUCUAAAAGCAGUGACCUACCGCCUGUUUAAAGGACCCUUCUAAAUGAACAUUUAAAAAGGAAAAAAAGGAUUUUCUAUUGUUUGGGCAGGUGGCUACUGCAUGUUCCACAUCAAUCAAUGCAACUUGGGACAAACAAGCAAAAUAAAAAACACACACACACACUAAAAAACAAAACCCGCUGCUUGGAUUAAUAUAUCUCCCAAAGCAGCCAAAAAUUGAUUAUUUUCUCAUUUUGUUGAUUUUCAAAAGAAAACCCAGAAGUCACAAUGUUAAAGGGUUUGUUUGUUCAUGCAAAACUAAUGUGCAUUCCUGCAUUUAGUUAAGCAGCAAAAAAAAAAAAAAAAGGCAAAAUAAAAACUGAACAAAAAAGAAACAAAACACCACCCAUUUAGCCCAUGCCAUUUGAUUGUCAUAGUUUAUUUGGUAUUUAUUAUCUUGCAUACUACUUUCUACAUGGGCUUUACUUGGUUUGGGAGAUGGGGUAAUCAGGUAUCUUCAGCCUGGAAACUUGCUCAGGCUGAUUUAAAAAAAAAAUGUGCUUGUUCAAUGCAUAGAAAUGAUUUGCAUGAUGGCAUGCUGUGACCAGGAAUCAUGCAUGAAGAAUCAUUAAACCACAAGACACUCAAUACUCUUCCACAACAGUUGGUUAAGCCAUAAGUUCAAGGCACUCCACUGACUAACACACACUGUAUUUGGAGGUUAACCUUAAAUAUAAUCAUGCCCUUCACCAAUAUUUACCAAUUUGUAACAAUCUCUUUCAUACACCCUCCAGUAGGAAAAAAAUGAAACAAGCAGAUGAAAUUUGUGUGUGUGUGUGUGUAUGUUUAACAACCUGUCAUUUCCAUACAGCCAUCUUUUGCACAUUUAAACAAAUAAUAAUCAGACAGAAAGAAAAACCUAAAUAUCGCUUUGGAUCCCAUCUGAGGAGAGAAUAUAAUAUUCCAGAAUGGCACUGCAAAACCAAAAUCUAGGGCUUAAAAAAUACCAGUCAACAAGGUCAUUUGUAUCCUGUAAUAUUAAUUAUUAUUCAGCCGCCAUACUGCGGCAGGCACUUUUUAGUGUAGAGAGAACAGUGCUCUGUAGGAAAUAGCAUAUUGUCUCUGCAGGUGCAAUUUUGGGAACUUGGAUAAAGCAAAGGGGACGUGUAACUCACAGCGUUUUCAUAGAUUCUAGGACUGGAAGGGACCUCGAGAGGUCCAGUUUAAUUGUGUCCCAUGUUCAUCAGAGUUGUUGCUUUCUUGGGGUGGCAGCGGGGGCUGAGACCAGGUGGAUUUGUGAAACUCUGAAGUCUUCUUUAUGUUCUUCCAUCAUUACUACUUUUUGCAGCUUGCACUUUGAUGCUCCAUGGUUUUCCUUGCUUCUGUAGCCACAAGGUUUUAAAACAAAGUGGAACAUAUUACAGUUGACAAUAAAAUAGCAAUGUGACAUGGGGCACGGUGCUGAAGACCAGGUGUCUGAUGUCAUGUGCCUUCACCUUCUUUCUGUUUCAUCUGUUGUCAUACUGUAGUAACUAAAAGGUCCUGCAGAUUUGGGUAGACACUAGAGCUACCUCUCAACUAGUCUGAUCACUGAGUGGUAAAUCAUUCUGUGGGAAUGUCACCAGGAAAGCUCAAACUUUUGUGUUUCUUCAUAAGGAUAUGAGACCCUUUAAUAUUCUGUUUCAGUGUCCUCCUCAAUCAAUAAGCCAGCUGUCAGUCACCACUCUAGGUGGUAUUUUCUCAAAGCAACCUUGGGAAAUAGAUCUUGCCAAUUGGAAAAGGUAGCGAUGCACUGAAACAAGACUGUUUUCCAGCUGCAGCUUGUGUACUGGUUAGUGUUACAUUUUGAAAGGGGGGGGGGGUGAUGACAUUACUGCAUUGAAUUUGUAAUAUAGAAUGAAGAGAAACAGGAUGGCUGAAUGUAGACCAAAUAAAAUGUAUCUUUAAAAGGGCAAAAAUAAGACAGCAGAACUUUUUAGAUGAUAGGAGGCAGUUUAGUUUGUAUAAUCUCACAACCCAGAUGACAAGUGUCACUUAAAAACAAAUGCUAUUUGACAGACAUCUGUGCCAAGUUGGACUGUAUAAAUGCAUAGUCUAGCCCUUAUGAUGUCAGUGGAGGAGUUCUUCUGUACUGGUGAACACAACAAAGGACCAUUUCAACCCUGUUAGAUUUACCCCACUUACUACUAGGCUAUGGUGUAUAAUAAAGAUGAAAACUACAUACAUAUGUACAGGCUACAUUGUAAACAGCACAAAAAAAGCUGAAAAGUGUGGUUGAACUUUUUAAGAAAAUAUUAUAAAUACUGUAAUAUAUCAGUUUAUUUUAUCGGCAUGCCUUUUUAUAAAUACAAAAAUUAAAUAGAACGGCGUCUGGCUUAUGCCAUUGUCCAUGUUUAUUUUUAAUUUUUAAAAUAUUUUCCUUAGAUUUUUAGAUGUUGUCAGCCAAUGUAUAUUCCCUACCCCCCCCCCCAAAAAAAACAACAACCCUACACCCCAAAACAGAUAACAAGAAAAGCUUUAGUGCAAAUUACCUUUACAAUGACAAAUAUUUUUGUCAUUCUAAUGUGCAAUAAGUUCUCUGACCAUUUCUAUGCAAGAUUUGGCUAAAUUACAUAAUUGUUCUUAAGUUGGGCUAUCAAUCUGUAUGUGAAGGAUGGUACAUUUACUGCUCGUGCUGGCAACUUCAUUGAACUACUGGAGUCAUUUUAAGUAAGACUUUUCUGCGAUCUCUCUCUCUCUCUCUCUCUUUAACAGUUAAACUAUUUAUCAGUCUCUAUUGAAUACAAAGGCCAUCAGUCUUGCUGAAAAAUAAAAUGAACAAUUUCUCCAACUGUUCAGGGACAGCAGAGUCCAUCCUCCUGCUCAAUUGAAAAUUUCCUUUUUUUUUUGUUUUAUUUUUAAACUUUUCCUUUUUGUAGCAAAUAUCCCUCAGCCACAGUUCACAGGGUGCUGAGAGAAUUGUUCUGCAUCUUUGGGAACCUUCACACAGUGAGGCUGGAAAGGAAGCUUUGGUCUGAAAUGAAGCGGUCUGGAUAGCUUCAUACACCAUAUCAUUGCAUAGAAAUGCAGAUACAGUGUGUGUGGGGGGGUGUUUUGGGGGGUUUUUUGUAGUAAAGUCCUUGGUGUGGAAUUUUUUAUUCCAGAUUCAGGGUUGUGGGAAUAAAACAAUAGGCUGCUGUUGGAUUAAAAUGCCAAAAGAGUUAGGCUGUAACAAGUGGUUCCCCCUUCCUUCCGCCCCCCAGGACGUGUAAAAUCCUCCCUGUUGUUUUGGUUCAUUUAUUACCCUGUUCUUAAAAGGGCUGGGGGGGGAAGAAAUAUCAGUUCAAGUUGCUUUACUCACUUUUCUGGUCUGUUUUCACUUAAAAAAAAACAUACAAAUGCUAAUGUGGAAGAAUAAGAAAAAAAAAUAAAACCAUGAGCUGAUGUAGUCGAGGUCACACCCAAACUUUUGCAUUAUUUAGUUUUCUGUUGCAACAAAUGUUAAAACUGUGCCAGACCAACACUGAAGACCAGCACAUUAGAGGUUGCAUGGUGGCUCAUCCUGCUCUAACCCAAACAUGAUUAAAAAUUACAUUACUAUAAUCCAAAAGAAAAAUGAAAUAAACAAGGUAAGGGACUCUUAGUGUCCAUUUAUUUGACUGGUUUCCCCCUCCUCACCCCAUUCUUGCUGGGUUCCUUUUUUUUUUAAAGUGUAUAAAAGUGGCACAAGACCGACUUAACUUGUGUUGCGGGGGAAGCUAGUGGAAGUCGUUUUGUUCCUGUUUUUAAUGUUCACCGUGAGAGAUUUGUGGCCUGUAGUGGCUCUUUGCUGGUAUCUAGCAGACAGGUCGCUCUUAGUGCCAGUCCGCAGCCCCCUUGGCAUUUUCAUCAGCGGUUACUGCUUUGAUUGGGCACAGUGACUGCAGCAUGUUGAUAGCAGCUGAGCAGGUUGGUGGCCUUUGUGAGGCCAAGUGGUGGCUUUUGGUUCAUAUCUUAGUGAAGGCAUCACGGAAAACACCAUCAAAACCGGCCCCUAGUCACUGGUAGGCUCAACGGAAGCUAAAGAUUGACGGUUCUGCAGCCCCCUCGUGCUCCUGGGUGUAGGGAACGCUUGCUCUGGCAAGGUGCAGGAAACUUUAGUCUGCAGCACUCUCAGUCCAAGCCGUUCACUUUUUAAAAGACAUAAGCCCAAAUUGUACAGAAUACGUGACCUCCCCAAGCAUCCACCAGCAUACCUGACAUCCCCCACAAAGCUAGCAAGGGUGAGGCAGGAUCGCUGCAGCAGCAGCAGAAGGGAGAGAACCCCGAUGCUCCUGUCACUUGAGAAACUCCAUUAAGGGUAAGCCAUAGGGGAGCCUGUGAGGCAGCUGAGGGUUGCUGAAUCCAUUCAGUGGAGCGCAGUAGUACUCCUACACUGUUGCCUCUUUGGUCAGCGUCCCUUUGUACACUUUUUUUCUUUCCAAUUGAAGGGCAAGGUAGUGCGUUAGCUUCAUGUGCUAAUUAUGUCUCGCUGGAGGCCAGGUUUUGAGUCAAAAUAGUUGCAAGUCAAAUCAUGUAGGUGUUAAUUUAAAAUACUUCUCCCUGCAAAGAACAGAAACCAGACCAACCCAGAACUCUGAUUCCCUAACAUGGGUCAGUCUCUGGUCAAGAAAGCCUGGUACUGGACUAGCUGUGGGUACUACAAGCCAGGAUUGUGGGGCAUUACAUGAACUUGGUGGGAAGCUUGCACAAGACCUGUCUGUGCUGUACUGCACCUGGAUUUGACAGCCACUUUCAAAAAAGAAUGCUAAACAAAUUACCAAAAAAGUUAAAGGAGGAGAAAAAAUCUUCAAAAUUUGCCCUUUGCAAGUUUGUUGCAUGUUGUGAUUUUAUAGAGAGGUGUGUGUGUGUAUGUGUGCGUGCGUAUGGAGGGUGUAUUCUGCAUAGGUGAGGUGAGGAGUGGUGUCCAGUGGCUAGAGCAGGAGACUGGGAAUCAGGACUCCUGGGUUCUAUUUCCAGCUCUACCGCUGACAUGUUGUGUGACCUUGGACAAAUCACUUAACCUCUCUGUGCCUCAGUUGUACCCAUCUGUCAAAUGGGUGUAUAAUUACCUACCUCACAGGGGUGUUGUGAGGCUCAAUUAGUUAACAUUUGUAAAGUGCUAUUUAGAUGUGCACAGUAGAAUCACGGACUAAGGGGGAAAUGAGAUGGUACCAUAAAUGCUGCUAAAUGCGUCAUUUUUAAACUGCACUGCUCCAGUGAACCCAGCUUCUUAACAACGAUCAGGGCAAAGAUUUUCUUCCUUUUACUUUGCUUAUGGGACUUGUUCUGGAUACUGUGUUCAUUUCCCCCCCUCCCCAUGCUGUAUUAGCCUUCCCCUUUCACCCGCCCCAGAUUUUGUUCCCUGUUCCGUUUUCCAUGAAGAAAGGAGGAGGAAAUAAUUGGUGUUUUGGAGAGCGGGGUAGUGAAAGAAUGUGGGCUGGAAGUCUGAGAGUCUGAAUUUUGAUUUCCUUUGUACUGUACAUCUUUUUACUUUGGAAUUUGCAAUAAAAAGGUAUGUCCAUCUUGUUUUAA